AUGUUCUUCAUGCAGGCGUUCAAGACAAUUUGCAAGGUGAGAGAAGAAUACUGGAUACCAAGACUGAGACAGUGUGUCAAGAAGAUGAAAACGAAGUGUCACCUAUGUAGCCGUCUGGAAGGACCUGCAUUGCGCAGGCCUCCUCCGCCACCUCUACCGGCUUGCAGAGUGAACAGUCUCCGGCCAUUUGAGGUGACCGGAGUAGAUUUGACUGGACAAAUUCUUAUCUGCAAUCCAGCCACUAAAGAACUAGACAAGGUUUACAUAGUCGUAUUCACUUGUACCUCAACACGAGCUUGUCACCUGGAAGUGGUAAAAGACUUAACCAGCACUGCUUUUCUCAAUUCCUUCAGGCGAUUCACUGCACGAAGAUCUUGCCCUCGUCGAAUGAUUUCUGACAAUGCCACUAACUUCAAAACUGGUUCUUCCUUGAUCCAGUCCUUGUAUGAUGACACUGACGUACAGUCCACACUGACUAGGGAAAAUUGUAAAUGGACAUUCAUCACACCUAGGGCACCCCAUCAAGGAGGCUUCUAUGAGAGGAUGGUUGGCAGUGUGAAAUCAGCACUAAAGAAAGCUAUAUUCAAGAAGAGGAUUAAUUCUGACGAACUGAAUACAAUUGUCACUGAGAUAGAGCGUCGUAUUAACAAUAGACCUCUUACAUAUGUGGAUGCUAUAUCUCCAGAUACCGUCGAUGCCCUUACCCCUUCUCACCUGUUGUAUGGCUACCGGUUAAACUCGUUACCCACUACCAUAGACCGGGACUACCUGAAUGACCCAGAUUUUGAGCUUGACCACAAACAAUGUAAUGAGAGAUUCAAGUUUGUAUCUCAGGUAAUACAUGCAUUCCAAGAACAGUGGGUGAAGGAAUACUUGCAGUCCCUGAGAGAUAGACACUAUUUCAACGGGGAUCCAACCCAACCGUUCCAAACCAAGAUUAAAGUAGGAGAUGUGGUGUUAGUACAUAAUGACACCCCUCGUUGCAUGUGGAAAUUGGCAAGGGUCAUUCAGCUGAUGCCCAGCUCUGAUGGACUGGUCAGAGUUGUGAAGCUACAGACCAGCAAUGGAGAGACAACUAGGUCAGUUGACAAACUUUACCCGCUGGAGGUCUCUAAGCCAGACGAUAUGUAUACUGUAGAAGCUGCGGAGAAAAGUUUAGGAGACAGUCAAAAUUCUGAAGGCUAUCAAGCAGAAGAGAGACCGAAGAGAAGAGCCGCCACCAACUCGAGGCGAUUCUUACAGCAGUUGAUUAAUGAUGAAGCUGUUUAA